AGUGAUGCGUCGAUUUCCCCAAGCAGAACUCAAACGCGCUUGCCGUUUCUACUCGGAGAAUCAAAGAGACCCACCGGAAGCAAUCUUAGAGGCUUAUCCGUGUUGACGAUUCGCACUCCGUAUUGUGUUUAUCAUCGAAACAAAGUUCCUUUUUAUUUUUACGUUUGGACUUUUAAAGGAAACAUGCCUAAAGUUGUUUCAAGAAGCGUUGUAUGUUCGGAUACCAGAGACAGGGAAGAAUACGACGAUGGGGAAAAACCACUUCACGUCUACUACUGUCUGUGUGGUCAAAUGGUUUUGGUACUGGAUUGUCAAUUGGAAAAACUCCCCAUGCGGCCCAAGGAUAAAGCGAGAGUCAUUGAUGCAGCCAAACAUGCCCACAAGUUUUGCAACGUGGAGGACGACGAAAACGUCUAUAUAAAGCGACAAGAUGGCAUCGAGCGACAGUUCCGCAAAAAGUGUGGUAAAUGUGGGCUUGUACUUUUCUACCAGCAUCAGAUGAAGAGCACUCCUGUCACGUUCAUUGUAGACGAAGCUGUUGUAAAGUUCGGCUCGGGAUACGGGAACACGAGUGUCUACAGCCAAAAGCCAGUUGAGGCGCCUAAAAAGGUCCGGGUCAUGAUGACGAAGCGGACCAAAGACAUGGGCAAGUUCAGCUCAGUCACAGUGUCCACCAUCGAUGAGGAAGAAGAGGAGAUUGAGGCAAGAGAGGUUGCAGACUCUUACGCCCAAAAUGCCAAAGUGAUUGAGAAGCAGUUGGAGAGAAAGGGAAUGAGCAAGAAACGACUUCAAGAGCUGGCUGAACUGGAGGCAAAGACAGCAAAGAACAAAGGCACGCUUAUUGACAACCAGUUUAAGUAGUGCCAGAAGAAGUGACACUUUUUUACCCGUCAAACACAUUUGGACUAUUGUCACACAUUACCUUUUUCAGUACCCCUAAAGAAGCAGGUCCUGUGAAGUGACACAGAUGAAUGAUUGACAUUUGGCUGCAAUUGUUUUAAUGCUUAAAAGUUCUUAUUUUGCAAAUGUGAAGUCCAACGUUAAAGGAAAUAUGCUGAUAAUUAAAUUGUCCAAAAUGCAUUUUA